AUUCGAAAUCAAGCCAUCAAAAAUCAAAAUUGGAAAAAUAUAACUUGCGUCUUACGGCUGAAGAAUUUAAAGAAAUUUCGGAAAUAUAGUGUAUGUCUGUUUAAAACUACAAUGCUUUGUUCUCGCAAGAGAACCUAAUCGUCCAUGGCGUGCAGUAAUGGAGUUCAAUGAAUAUCAGACAAGACAAGUCUCGCAUUCAGUAGAUGUUUAUUCUACCGUUCGUUCACGGUCGCAAAGUUCCUCACCUGUGCUUUGUACGAAUGUGUCUUGCGAUUUGGAGGACAUUUUGAGCGACGCCAUAGCAGAAACAUUACAAAGCUCUCUCCGUGUAAGUCACGGUCAGUUGGUGAGCCAGGAACUUUCUAUUCGACCAGAAGCCAAUAUUGAAGCCAACGUUCCAGAAGAUCUUGAUUUAUUUCAAGAAAUAUUUGAAGUUGAUAGUGAGUCUGAACCAAGAAUGGGAGAUUCUAAUGGAGCUCCAGUGCAGAACAAUGUAUUGAAAGAGCAGGAUUCGUGUCGUCUCGUCGGUGGCUCAAAGUUCUAUGAAAUGGUCGAUGGCUCGCCAUCUGCCGAUACGUCCACGCCGUCACCAACAGAGAAGCAUGAUCAUAUGAAGCCGAUAGAGAGCGACGAUGAAGUUUCGGACGUGGAUCAAGAAUGCACAGUGUUCAGCGGCGUCAGUUACCUGGGAGCCCAGAACAUUUCGGAUCCGAAGUGCGAAAGCGACAUCCAGCGGAUUAUGAAGGAACUAAGUUCGAUGCCCGAGAGCAGGGACGGAAUCGCGGUGUCGAUAUCGAUACCUGUGUGCUCGCAAGGAUUGGUUGUGCUGUACCAGGCGGAUUCUAAUAGCGUGAUGGCGCGCUACGCCGUCAAUCGCAUUUCGUUCUACGCUCGCGGCGCGGUCGGUUCGCCGGUCGCUUCGUGCUUCGCGUUCACCUGGUCCCACGGCGAGACCAAGGAAUCCGCAGUGUACAGGUGCCACGUGUUCCGCUGUCACAUCGCUGAAGCUGUCACACAAGUGUCAAGUUGCUUCGCCAAGGCUUUCGAGCGUGUUCCUAGAUCUAUGACGUCAUCUAUAGCCGGCGAGCUGAGCGCGGCGCCCUCUAUGACCGGUUCGCUUAUUGAAGGUCUAGGACCCGCCGCUCCACCGAUGCAGCUCAUGCACGUAUUGGAAUGCACCGUUGAUAUCAAGGAAGCGGAUGCUAAGGGAACGUUUAGCCAUGUUCCGAAGGAGCGUCUCGGUUUCAAACUGCGUGGUGGCAUCGACAAGCAAGUGACUAUCAAUGUCCAACAGGUCACUAAUAAUGUUCAGACUGAAGUAGACGAGGCACAGAGUGGCUACACCGGCGGCCUGUAUAUCGAAAGAUGCUUUGGGAUACUCCUCGCUCCGGGACGCAGCGUUAAACAUUCAGACAUGAGACUGCUAGAAAUGGUGAGCGGAUCAUCGGGAGGUUCGGGUUGUUCGGUGUGCGCGCUGUGGAACGCGGGCGAGUCCGCACUCGCGGCCUUCAACGUCGCCAGCGGGGACGGGGCUCCGGCUUACAUGUCUCUGGCGCUCGACCUCGUCAUACGGGGCAUCCCUGACCCCCUCAGGUUGAUCAUAGAGACUCCGGUGAAAGUGUUUCCGCCAACAGAAAGAUUUUGGUAUUAUUCGAAAAGACCUCUCGUUCAACAGUUUUACAUUAAUCUUAAAGAGUCCGUGGACCCUCUGGGUCAGCUCCAGUACGAGGUGGCGAGCGUGGAGACCGAGGGGGAACUGGACAAGUCCCGUUUGAACUUGCCGCUGUCGCUGUCCAGCCUGCUGCCGUCGCCGCUGUCCAGCGUGCCCGCCCCGCCAUCGCCCUCCGAACCGGACUCUGAUGGCGAUGAGCCGCUUCUGAGUGGAACUGGAGAAGUUUCUAAAGACUGUGGCGAAGACGUACUCGUAAACUGGGCCCAGGUGCUAAGAAGUUGGACUGGCCCGAGACCCAGAGCAUUGAACCACUUGGUGCGGGUCGGUGUGCCGGAAGCCCUCCGCGGGGAGGUGUGGCUCCGGCUGGCCGGCGUCGACCAGAACGAUAAACUAAUGGAGACCUACAGAACGCUAAUUAGUAAGGAGUGUCCGUUCGAGGCGGUGAUCCAGCGCGACAUCGCGCGCACGUUCCCGGCGCACGACUUCUUCCGCGAGGCGGGCGGGCUCGGGCAGGACUCGCUGCUGCGGAUGGCGCGCGCCUACGCCGUGUACGACCACGAGGUCGGCUACUGCCAGGGACUCAGCUUCCUGGCCGCCACGCUGCUGCUGCACAUGCCUGAAGAGCAAGCUUUCUGCCUUCUUGUCCGGCUAAUGUAUGGCUAUGGACUAAGAGAGCUAUACAAGGACGGAUUUGAAGCUCUCUAUAUGAGACUGCAUCAAUUAGAUAGGCUGAUCGAGGAACAAUUGACGGACUUACGUGCGCAUUUCCAAGAACUAGGUGUCGAACCGCAUAUGUUUGCAUCGCAAUGGUUCCUAACGGUGUUCACCGCGCGCUUCCCUCUGCCAUUGGUGUACCACAUUCUAGACGUGUUUCUGCUGCAAGGUAUCGACACGUUAUUCCAAGUUGCACUGGCGUUGCUCUCUAGGUCACGGAAGGACUUACUGACACACGAUUUCGAAGGGGUCCUGAAAUAUUUCAGAGUAACGCUGCCUAAGAAAUGUCGCGCUGAGGAGACAUCAAGACAGAUCAUCAAACUUGCGUGCAGCAUCAAAGUGAAAAGACUCAACAAAUAUCAGUUGGAAUAUGAGAAGUUUAUCAAAGAAUCUGCUGAAAAAGAGAAAAUAAAUGUAGAAAUGGAACGAUUGAAAGUAAUCAACAAUCAAAUGCAACUAGAGAAAGAAACGCUCGAAACCCAAUUGAACGAGGCCCGCGCUAAUUACGAAGAAGCCGAGAAGGCGACGGCACACUACGCGUCCGUUGCUAGGGACUACAGAGAGAUCUGCGCAAGGCUCGACAGGCAGCUGCACGUCCUGCAGGACACCGUAAAAGAUUGUGUAACUUGCAGCAUGAAAUUAACACCGAAGGAUAAUAAAGAAGCAGAAAAAGGCGACGGCAAUCUCGAAGGCACAACGGAUACUGAGACUAGAUUAAGACAAAAAAUAUGCGACUUGGAACUCGAACUAGCUCAAGUGAAACUGGCACACGUGCAGGCGCAGUGCAGUAAUCAGGAACUCAGUCACCAGCUUAGUGCAGCUCUGAACGAGGUGCAAGCCGCGAUGAACAACCAAAAGCAAACCGUCGCACCUUGGCUAGUUCGAACACUUGGCUCCAUAAUGGACGCGGCACAGAAUAAAUCAACAUUCCAGACGUACAUACCGAAUUUUAAUCAAGAAUCUUCAACGCCCAUUCAUCGACAAGGCUCGUUUUCUAGUCAAAGCCACAACCCAGUGAACCUCGACAGACGAGUCUCUGAGCCGUACAGUCCUGAUGUUGUCCGAAGGAAGAAGGACCUCAACGCCAAGAGACAUUCGAUGCUCGUCGAGUCGAACAUGACCAAAGAGGCCAAAGAAGUGAAUCGGCGAAGUCAUGACGUCACGAUAGUGAAGAACAUCUCGAUGGGUUGACAAGCAUCGAUGUCCGACAUUAACACGUCAACGUCAAUGUCGACGUUUUAACGUUUUCGACUUGUAUCGAUAAGGGAACUGUCGGUGUAUAGAGUUGAAAUUUGCCAGUAUCGAUAUAAUUUUAUCGAUUCGAGUGCUUACAAAUAUAUAAUUGUAGGCGUCCUAUCGAUAUAGCCGUCGAUAAAUUUUGAUUGUUUCGUACGUAGUGGGGCAUAUUAUUUAUUAUAUUGCCGAAAUUGUAUAAACAAAAAUAUAGCACAUAAAAUAUAACGGAAUAAGUCGUUUCAUAUUGCUUCUAACUUGAGGUGUAGAUAACAAGUGCACAGAUUAUUAUUGUAUAACAGUAUAUUUACACUAGUCAUAAUGUAUUGUAGUCGAGUGUUUAUAGGGAUGGUUAAAUGAUAUUCGGUUAUGUUCUGUUUAACUAAUUCGCUAAUGUCACUUUACAAUGAGAAAAAAGACAUGCUACGUUUCUAUUGGCUAAGCUUUUUAAAACAAACUGCCCAAUACUCCUUAUCGAUCGUAAUGUCUUUCUCGAGCUAUCUGUAUCGAUUUUUUAGUAUUCGAAUUAUAGUACGACAAUGUCAGCUUAGCCAAGUAGAGCACUUCGCAUAGCGCAGCAUAGCCUGAUGUUGUUUAGUCACCCUAAUACCAAAAGUUAUCUAUACGAAUGUGCAAAGUCAAUAUCUCGAUAAACGAUUUUCGUAUUUCUCUUAUGUUUUUCUCAUGACAUUUUUUUGUAAUGAUGAAUGCUAUUAAAAUUCGUAAAGUGGCUUCACUGUUCUUUUUUUAAAAUCUGAUAUAUUUGUGAUGCGGGCCGAUUAUUUCACUAUUACAAAAAAAAAGCUAUGUGGAAAAUUCGCCGAAAGUGAACUUAUAACGCGUCUACGAUGGCUGAUUAGUUUAACGCGAUACAUCCACGCCUGUCUUAAUUUUUGUGAGAUAUUGUAAAGUCACAUUUGUGAAGUUAGCUUUGUCGUAGUUGAUAGAUUCAACUGUAACUGAUAUAAAAGAUGUUAUGAAGGAAGCUUUGAUAUCGCUUAACCGCCAGCGGGUGCGUGCUUUUGUGUUGGUCCUGUGUAUUUCAACUGAAAUAUUUUCGAGUGUACUGGAAUGUCAAGUUUAAAUGUGUCGUUUAGCGCCUCUGGUGUUAUAACGUGGAACUACGUUUUUUUAUAUUUUUUUAAAAUUCUGCCUUGUAAAAAGACGUACUGGUCGCAAAAAAAGAUUAAUAUCUUGUCAGAAGAUAAUAUUUAAAUGGCUCGAUUUGUAUUGUGUGUUUGCUUAACGAGAAAGUUGAGUUUAAAAUACAAAUAUAUGAAAGUUGUUUAGUAGAGGGAAUGUAGAAAAAAAAUUAUUUCUUUUUCAUUAGCCCAAUGUAACUCCAAUAACAAUUCUAUGUCAUGCGUGAUCUGCGUUCUCGGAUGAGACCAGGUGACCUUGUCCAAUAUUACUGAUUUAAGAAAUUUAGCUUCCUAAAACGACAUUAGCAAAAAAAUCUUAGUCAAGUAAACUUAAUGUAAUUUUCUGUUCAUGUGAGGUUAGUCGUACAUCCCUGCUUCGGCAACAAUCUAUAUUUCCUGUAUUAAAACAAUUCAUACAUAAUUUGUUUUGCCAGAAGAAUCUCAAAAUUUUGUACUUAAAUUUUCAAGGCGCAUGAUAUUUAUCGUUGUCUAAUCAAAUAAAUUAAAAAUAAAACCGAACAUAAGUACUGAAAGAGUUGAAUGAUCACGUCUACUUGCAGUUUCAAAGCGGAAUUUCGAAACACGAAGGGACCCUAAUGAAUAAAAGUAGAAUUAUACAUAUUAUUGAAUAAUAUUUAAAUAUUUAUAUUAUAUAAUAUACAAGUUAAUUUAUUAUGUAUGUAUGUAGCAUGCUUGUAUUUACUUAUGAUUAGAAAAUUAGAAAUUGUUUGUUUCGUGUGAUCUGAUUGUCUUAUGAAAAUCGUUUAAUAUAUUAAUGAAUGUGAUUAUUAUUGUGUUGUAGAAUAUUGCUGGUUGAAGAAUUGCAUUUCGGAAUACUUACAGAGUAGUAUGUAAACACGGAAAGCCGUGAAAUUCGUAUUGGUAACAAAUGAGUCAUAGUUUUUCAUUAAAGUAAAUAUGAGACUUCGGAUUUAAACAUGGAACCCAACUUUCUUUAUAAAAAAAAUCAUUAUAGUAUAUUUUUACAAAUUUAAUGGGGAUUUUUUUGUGGUGAAUUAUGUGUUAUAAACCCGUAUCGGUUGCUGCUGCGAUGCUAUAUAAAUGAUAUUAUUAUAAAUAAUUGAGACUAUGGUCAGUGUGCUUAGUGCGAGUUUUCUAAAGUUCUCGAUAGCGUAAAAGUUAACUCAAAUUUGUAUGCAGUUGAAACAGCGCCCCUAGCGGCAAACGUAGGCAAAUGUUGCAACUCCAUAAAAAUUCGACUUGACUUUUACUCUAUCGAGAACGUUAAAAAACUCGCACUAAGCACAAUGGUCAUAGUGGAUCAUAGACAUAGUGGAGUAACCAUUUCAUACCAGGUGAUAGAAUAUUAUUAUGUUCUAUAAUUUAAUGUUUUAUUAAUGAUGGUUGUUUGCGAUAACUAGGGCCGAUUUCAAAAUUGUAAUAAUGAUAUUGCUCGAUUGAUAUUAAAUUUAGUUUUAUUAGAAUAGUACUAAAGAUUUUACCAACUUGAAAAUAGAAUAUACAGAAUAAGGAUUCUGAGUGAGAACAGAAACGGAAUAUUGUUUACAUAAUUAAACGUGAAAUUGAAGAUUUGGAAAAGGAGAGAGGAAGACAUGAGUUAAAGGUAAAAGAUAAACUGCAAUAUGCAAAAGGGAAGCAGUAAAUGAAAAUCUUGAGAGGGACCGUUGAUGUCACAUAUUCGUAGUUUCAUAUUUAGGACUUUAGCUACAGUAACGCCAUCUUGAUUUUCCGCGCACACUUAGUAAAUGUGAUUGGUUUUCACUUCCUCCUCAACAAAAAAGUUAUGUUAUGUAUAUAUUUAAUUUUAUGGGAACAAAUUAUAUUCAAUUUUAUUAGGUUAUUACAUUUUUACUACAUAUCGUCGCUGUCAAAACAAAAUCUGCU